UCACUGAUAUCGCUCAUCUCUAUCAGCUUAGAGCAAAAUUAGUAUCUUGUAACAAACAGGCAAGCGAGCAAAGGCCUUUUUGUUGUCGUUUCUCGCAAUGAUUUAGGUCUUUAACAAAGUGUUUAUUAGUUAAGCAUAAAGUCUCAUCACCCAUCGCUGGACAUGGAUAUCCUGGACAUCGAUGAGGCACUAAAGGAUGAUUCAUAUAUAUUUCUGGCGGAUAAGAACCACGACGAUGUCUCCAACAUAUUGCAGCAGUGGAAAACGAACAAUCAGCAGCCGCUGCAAUUGCACUUGCAGUACAACAACGAGGCCUUUAAACACAAUUCGAAGACCUUCACCCGCCCCAAGAGACGGAAUCUGGAUUUCAGCCAAAAUGGACCCGGAAAUGAGAGCAGCGGAGUCGGUACUGGAUCUGUCUCUAGCACCCCGGCGAUGCUUCAGCUGGAAAUCGGAGGCCUGGUCACCACGAACAUGCACAAAUCGUUUCUGCAGGACACGUCGCCCCCGUCUUCCAUAUGCUCCUCCAUGAAUACGGAACGGAUGAACAGCUCGCUGAUAACUUCGGCGGACUUUACGAACUUGAACUUCCUUCAAUCCACAAUUGGCCUGGAACAGGAACCGAGCCUUACCACCACCCUGACCAACCAGACGACGGACAACAUGGGAAUCGGAGGCGGCUUGAGUGGGUAUACGCUCAAUGACAUGAUCCGGGAUCGCAAGGCGCUGGAGUCGCUGACCAUGUGCGAGGACGAUGGCACCCUAAUCAAGGACUCACAUAUCGGCCAGAUUGACGAGAUAUCGCUGACGUUGAGCAAAACCGCAUCCGGCUGUAGCACCAUGGACAACAGCACAGAUAGCAUGUCCGUUCCCUUGGCUUUGGAUCGAACGGUGCCUGCUGCGAUGCCUGUUGUUUGUCCUUCCCUGCAGCGUACCAUGAUCCUGGGCGAGGAGAUGAUUGUUGACACCACCUUCAAUCUGGUGGAUAGCCUGACAACCUCCGCCCUGCAGUCGGAGUCAGAGUCUCUGCCAGUGGAUGGAAAUGCGACCUUUAAGAGACCAACUGCAGCUUCAGCGGACGAGACUCUGGUGGUGCUAGGUCGCCAGAUGAACACAACUUUCACCGAUCCCGGUUGCAAUACUCCGGAGGGCCGUUGUGAAACACCUGAGAAUAUUGACCGGAAGUUGGCGUUGCUCACCAUGGAGUCAUCUACGCCACUGACCACAAACAUGCGAUCCCACAGCUUGUACAGCCACAACAAUAAUAAUAACAAGCAGGGGUAUACGCCCAAUGUGAAGGUACUUGGAGAUAUGAACCUGUCGCCGAUUGUGAGCGCCACUCCGCAAAAGCCCAGUGGUGCAGCACCAGGACGACUCAAUCACACCUUCGAGACUGCGGCCAAAACAACACCAUUCAAUGGAGAGAAGUUCGUGCUGGAUACCAUGGAGUUGUUGGAGCAAAUCGAACAGCCGCUGGAUGGCACCUAUAGCCUGCAAAUGUCCGAACAGCACAAGCAGAUGCAGUGCGUCAUGGACCUGGCCGAAGCGGAGGUCGAGAUGUUGGCCCAGCAGGGCGAUGAGGAGCAAUUUGAACACAUGCUGGCCGAGUUGGGAAAGGUCAAUACGCUGAACGAGGAGCAAUUAAAAAUGCAAAAGUCCCUGGACACCAUCAAGCGUCGCUUUCACAGGGAUGAACCGGAGCCAGAAGAACGGGAGGAGGAACACCAUGCCCAGCAUUCGGUAACCGAGAAAGCAGAAACUCCGGCUCUUAACCAGAGCCACUCCAGCAGCAAUAGCAGUGGCGGUGGUGGGGAACGUCUGCUCAGCCGUCGAAGUCGCCUGUACGACGAUGUUAACCUAAGCGCUAUGAACGGCAGUAAUAUUAGUUCGGCCAGCGGAAACUCCGCCUCAUUCAUUGUCCAGCGACGAGAUUUGCCACAAGUGGAACAACAGUUACCAGAACCAGAUCCCGAACCCGCGGAAGAGCCUCGAAAGCCCCACGUGGCCGGCGAGACUGACCCGUCCAGCUAUAAGCUGCCGGAGAGAAGGGAGCGAGAUCGCGAUCGUUUUAAGACCAUCAAGAUCUCAAAAGAGAUGCGCCUGCAGUCGGAGAUUAUAGUGCCUUGUAUAGACGAUGAACCGCAGCAGCUUGAGGAAGAGCCACAGCAGUUGGGCGAAGAGGUUCAGCCGGAGGAACAGCAGCCUCAGCGACAAGCUUCUCCACCGGGUCGUCUGUCUCGUCGAGACCAAAACACCGUGCUUAACAACAACACCGCGGAGAAUAGUGCAAGCAACUAUCUGACCUACAAGAAGCCCAAGGAAAAGAGUCUGCUUCAACGACGGCCGCUGCAGCAGGAAGCCCCACCACCAGUAGAGCCAGCGCCUGCGUCAACUCUUCCCCAGCCGCGCUCCCUCUCCCGGCCUCGCUACAUCAGCGGUCUGCAAAAGUUCACCACUGUCAGCAAGGCUACGUCCGCGGGAGCCGGACUGAAUGCCACUCCAGCCGCUACGAUGCCAACCACUGUCACAGUGCCGGCCACCGGCAGUGGCGAGUUAAAGAGUCCCAUGGGCAUCAAGUCCAAAUCUUUCCACAACUUGUCCUCCACGAUGAGCGGCAUCGGUGCUGGAGCUUUGCCGAGACCCAGCUUGGGUGGUGGACUGCGUCGUCCAGGCGCGCAGCCUAGCAAGAUGAUGGGUGGAUUACGAGGACCAACGCAGAACCAAGAAGAUGAAUCUGGUGUGUUUAAGGUGCCCAAAUUGGUAAGUGGACUGCGUGCUCCAGGUCUUGCAGGUGCAAAAAGGGCAGGAGCGAAUGGUCUAGCACGUCCUUCGUCUGGUUACUACAGCCUGAGUGUUAAAGCAGCUCCUGAGGCGGAAACUCCAGAGAGCCUCUCCUCAGCCUCGUCGCGUGGAAGUCUGUAUGGUCACAAGGAAUCCGGCAGACCGGUAAACGGCGGAAAUGUUCCUCAGCAAAAUCCACAGCAAAACUUCGACAUGCAGGCACUCACCUCGAAGCUCACCCAGGUGACAACGGGAUCCACUGGCAUACCAAAGCCCUCGGGAUUGCGGCCACCAUCGCAAAUGAAGCGCAGCGGCUUGCCAAGGCCAUCCAGCAUUGUCAGGCGCUGAAAGCUAACCACUUUCUGCGCAUACAUAUGUCACAGUCCUCGCCUGAACCGAAUUUCCAUGUUGUCCGUUAAAUAUCCUUUCAUUAUUUACUUUGUGUUUAGCUCUCUUUUGUGUUGAUCAUCCCCGCAAACCAACUCCACUUGCAUAGUGUUUUGGAGGCACUAGCACCUAUGUUUAUGAAUUAAUCUUACGAAAAUUAUGCAUUUAGUUGAACACGACAGAAACAGAGAACUUGGCGACUUGUAAAACAAAUAGGUACUUCUAGGAAUCCCCUACAUUUACAUUUAUAUAUAAAUAGAACAAAUACACACACACACGAACUUUGCCUUACGAAUCCAUAAUAAAACAAACGAAUGAGAAAAUUGAGAGAGAAGAUUAAAGCGAGAAAUGAUAAUAACUGUAUAUUUUUGUAAAAGCGAUGCAAAAAUUCUACGAACGUUAUAUUUUGUGGAUGCAUUAAGUGCUCCAGCAAAUCUAGCAAGCAAAUCGAAUAAAUAUUACUAAAUAAUAAAUAUACAAUAAGAUCUGCUCAGUGGCCACGAAACCACACAAAAAAAAGAACGAAAGAAACCAAACUAAAAUCGAUAGUAACUAAUAAGAGUAUUGAGAAACGUGUUAAAAAAUCGAACUUACUAUAUUAUCUAAUAUUAUCCCAUAUAUAUACAAAUACAAAAAAUAAACGAUAGCAAUAUACAUUGUCUCAUGAGAUACUUACACCAGAAGGUACAUGACCUGUUUAUAUUUUGCUAUUACUUGCUCUCCGAAUCGAAAAUUAUCAUACUCGUGAUUUCCUGAGGUGCAGAGUAUAUUACUAUAACCUUUGUAUCCUAAAGAAAUAUAUCUCCUUUGGCUCUAAACUUGUGCUAUAUAAUUAUUAUACACAUUUUUGUAAACCAUUCAAAUACAUCAGUUUUGCUUUGUUUUUUUGUUGCCAAAUUAAAAAGUGUAACUAACCUUUUGUUAGUGACCGACGAGAAAUUCUUUAAUAAAACUACGCCGCAUUGUGCGAAAAUUAUAAA